ACACAGUGAUAUUUCUAGAUCAUCACCUUUUUUUUGACUACAGUGAAUUAGACCCAUCGUGUUAUUUGCCAUAUAAGGAAGAAAAAGCAAAUAAUGGUAUAUUACGGGAGUGUGAGAACGCAAUGGAGGCGUGUUUUCUCAUUUCCAGGCGUGGCGUGCGGACUUCCGUCUUCCUCCACAGACCUCAUAUAAAAUGACGGCAACAUUGCGACCCUACCUGAACGCGGUGCGUGCCACUCUUCAAGCAGCCCUGUGUCUGGAGAACUUCUCCUCUCAGGUGGUGGAGAGACACAACAAGCCUGAGGUAGAGGUUAGGAGCAGCAAAGAGCUUCUGUUGCAGCCUGUGGUCAUAAGCCGCAAUGACAAGGAGAAGGUCCUGAUUGAGGGGUCCAUAAACUCCGUGAGAGUCAGCAUCGCUGUCAAGCAGGCCGAUGAGAUUGAGAAGAUCCUGUGCCAUAAAUUUAUGAGGUUCAUGAUGAUGCGAGCAGAGAACUUCUUCAUCCUGCGGAGGAAACCUGUUGAGGGCUAUGACAUCAGCUUCCUCAUCACCAACUUCCACACAGAACAGAUGUAUAAACACAAGCUGGUGGACUUUGUUAUCCAUUUCAUGGAGGAGAUUGACAAGGAGAUCAGUGAGAUGAAGCUGUCAGUCAACGCUCGGGCCCGAAUUGUCGCAGAGGAAUUCCUCAAGAAUUUCUGAGGAUCCUUGUCUACAUUCCUAAUACCCAUCAGAGAUUGGUGUUGCUUUGGUUCUUGCGGACAAAAACAUUCAAAGUUUUUAAAAUCUCCACAGAGCAAAGGGGAAAGAGUUUAUAAGUUCGCAACCAAGCAAGACGAUCUACAGAAACAACUGGCCAGUCCUGCAGCACUAUAUGCACUCCCCUUUGCCUUCUGUUCAAGGUGCUCCUUGUGCUCAUGGAUAUUAACAAUUGUACAUUUAUUUACUAUCGUUUUCUGUUGUUAGGGAAAAAAGAAAACACAGUCAAGGCAGGUCCUUAAAAGUAUUACCUGUAAUUAAUAUUGAUGGGCACAGGAAUCUUGUUGUUGGACUGUAGUUUUUUUUUUUCCGUUGUCUUUUAUAUACAUGUACUCACAUGCUUUCAUUUUUGUUACAAUGGGGAAAAAAAAGGAAUCAAUUCAAUGUUAAAGAGAUCAUGAGAGAGAGAGAAAAAAAAUGAAAUGGGUGUUUAUAUUUUGGCACUGUCAAUCUCCAAUAUUAGAACUAUUCAAAAACCUGUGUAAAACAUAACAAUAAAUUCAAUAAAAAUAUAUUGUGCUUUCUUUA